CUAGCGCCCUCAAUGUUAACUGUCAAAAACCUCGCUCUCAUUCUUGCAAAUUUUCUCGCAUUUUUUUCUUGCACCAAUUUGUGUGUAUUUUUCGCAACACGUGAGAUUUUUAUUUUUUGGCUGAAAAAUUUUUUUUAUUGAGAAUUCAAUUGCAAAAUCAUGGUGAAAGUUGAAGCAGAGAAGGUGAAGAGUAUUGGUGGUGUGCUAAAUGAUAAAAAUCGCCCACUAAAGGAACGUUUUAGGGCAUUGUUUACGUUGCGGAAUAUCGGUGGACAGGAUGCGAUUGAUUGCAUCAAUCAGUGCUUCCGGGAUGAUUCGGCAUUGCUAAAACACGAGCUGGCCUACUGUUUGGGACAGAUGCAAGACCGAGAAGCAAUCCCUGUUCUCGUGAGAGUUUUGGAGGAUGUAAAUCAGGAGCCUAUGGUGCGUCAUGAAGCUGCGGAAGCUUUGGGUGCAAUUGGAUGUCUGAGCGUGAAGCCUGUCCUGGAAAAGUAUCUCAAUGACCCCGUCAUUGAAGUUGCAGAGACAUGUGAAAUUGCCCUUGGGAGAUUGAAUUGGAUAGAUAAGAAAGAGGAGCUUCGAGAUGAGAAUCCUUACGCUUCGGUGGAUCCCACACCUCCAGCUUCAACCAAGAAUAUAGCAGAUCUCAAGGCUACUUUGAUGAAUGAGGAAGAGUCGUUGUUCAAUCGCUAUCGUGCCAUGUUCAGUCUCCGGAAUAUUCGCACUAAAGAGAGUAUUCUCGCUCUGGCAGCAGGAUUGAAGGGAGGAAGUGCUUUAUUUAGGCAUGAAGUGGCAUUUGUACUUGGACAACUUCAGGAACCGUGCAGUAUUCCAUUCCUGGCCGAAAACCUCCGUGAUACGGCUGAAAAUGAAAUGGUUCGGCAUGAAUGUGCUGAAGCUCUGGGAGCAAUUGCCACUGAGGAAUGCAUAAAGAUCCUCAAUGAAUACCUAAAGGACGACAAAAGGGUGGUCAAGGAGAGUUGCGAAGUUGCCCUGGAUCUAUGUGAUUAUGAGAACAGCCCGGAAUUUCAGUAUGCAAAUCUUCUGAAAGAAUAAAUUUUGUGAUUCAUUGUAUUUUUUCCCAUUUUUGCAAAUAAAAAUUAUAUUUUAUCGGA